AUGCAACUACAAUCGAAGUCCAUUUGCGCAUUCUUGCUGGCCUUGAGCUUUGCCCAGAGCUUUGCCUCGGGCUUAAGCUGGGACUCUUUUCUUAAUAGAGCUCAAGGACUUUUCGGAGGAAGACAAAUCAUCGGCUAUCGAACAGUUAGUAAACUGGAGGCCGAUAUGGUUAAUUUUAGAAAUAGGCCAUUUAGAGAUAGAGCAUUCGAUUUAAAUGGUCGAUUUCAACAACUUGGACAUGGCCUUUAUUUGUCAAACGAGGCUGGUCUCUGGAAUGGUAGACCAGGAUCUUGGUAUUGUGCUAUCAAAGCGAAUAAGAAAAAGAUUGCAAAAGCGAAUAAAAUAUAUAUCCCAGAAUAUUAUGAACAUACGACUGAGGAUGGUGAGAUUGAAAACACGCACUUAUGGGUCGGACGUGAAGAUGAGAUCUUGGAAUACCUCGAAUCGAGGGUUAAGGACCCCAAGAAGGCGCUACGCUUCUCAUAUACCCUAUAUGAAGGUUGGAGUAUGCAAAUGCUUAUUCCAACUGAUAUGGUAAAUAAUAAUGAUGAGUUCGAUUUAUGGGCUAAAUGCUUUGAAACAAAGAGAGAGCUAUUUAAAUAUUCGAGCGCGACUAUUGAUUGGAAGAGUUGGAAUAUUGUUGGAGAUCCUGGAAAACCCUUCUGA